AUGCGCUGCGUCUUCCGCGACUGCUCUGAGCCCGUGUUUCGCGACUCGUACAAGUGCGCGUUCCACAAGAACCGCCACGUGUGCUCGGUCAUGGACUGCGACAACCAAGUCUAUGCGCGCAAGCUCUGCGUCAAGCACGGCAUCCCGACCAGCAACCCAGAACCGCACAAGCGCGGUGUCGACAGAGGCCUCGACAUCGUAUGCUAG